UGAAUCUGAAUAAAAAGUGCAGCAAACUUCAGACUCAUUGACUGCAGGCUUAGCAAGCGUCGGGGCUUUUCUUCUUUCUGCAGCUUGCAAGGAUCUUUGGAUUUUGCACAACAAUUCCAAGAAAACAAUGGCCAACUUCUCCUUCUGGACAGUUUUUGGAUUAUGUUUGCUGAAGCUCUGUCUAGCAGAAACAGAAUUCAAUGUAAGUUGCAGAUAUGGAGGAGUUUUUCAUGUUGAAAAAAAUGGUCGCUACAGUCUCACACGGUCUGAAGCAGUUGAACUCUGCAGAGCUCUCAACAGUACCUUGGCAACACUAGAGCAGCUGAAGAAAGCUCAUGAGCUUGGAUUUGAAACUUGCAGGUAUGGUUUCGUGGUGGGGCAUAUUGUUAUCCCACGGAUCAAUCCCUAUCAUCUUUGUGCAGCAAAUAAGACUGGCAUUUACAGACUUCCAGCAAAUACAACUGCUCGGUAUGAUGCAUACUGUUACAAUGCAACAGAAACAGAGGAAAAAACAUGUGAGCCAGUUGUAAAAAUAGAUACUUCCUUACUCAGUAAUCAGGAUGAAACAGUCAUUGACAACGCGGACGGCUCCCGCUACAACCCGGACGGCACACGGCACACCGGUGGAGAGUCCUCCACCUCGGGGCUGGAUGAUGAAAAUGCAGGGAGUGGAUCAAUUCAUGAGACAACUCCUAUGGAUGCCUCCAUCACCAGGUCCAGCCCCUCGUAUUAUGGAAGUCCUACUCCAGUCUCACAGCUGCCAGAUCAUUCAUCUGGAGGAGGCGAAAAAGGAAUUCCUGAAAAAGACUAUGAUGAUGGAUUUCCAUCUACAUCACCUGACAUCACUUCCAGGAUGGUGGCUGGUGAUUUCCAUGAAGGAGAUGAUGGACAGUAUCCUGCAAGUACUACUCCAGGGCCUCAUCAUGACAGCCUGGAGAAAACCACCACCCAAGCUUGGUGGAAUCCGUUCCCAGACAACUGGUGGUGGUCGAAUCCUGGAGAGAAGACGCAAGAGCCCACGGCAGCAACCAGGGCAGGUGUGACCUCCAGUGGCAGUGAUUCAGAUGAUGAAGACUCUUCUGAGGAGGUUGUGCAUCUCACAAUGUUUCCAGGCUGGGGCAGGAGUGUGGCCAAGGAGGAGACUGCUCUGAGUACGACUCCAGGGCCUCAUCAUGACAGCCUGGAGAAAACCACCACCCAAGCUUGGUGGAAUCCGUUCCCAGACAACUGGUGGUGGUCGAAUCCUGGAGAGAAGACGCAAGAGCCCACGGCAGCAACCAGGGCAGGUGUGACCUCCAGUGGCAGUGAUUCAGAUGAUGAAGACUCUUCUGAGGAGGUUGUGCAUCCCACAAUGUUUCCAGGCUGGGGCAGGAGUGUGGCCAAGGAGGAGACUGCUCUGAGUACGACUCCAGGGCCUCAUCAUGACAGCCUGGAGAAAACCACCACCCAAGCUUGGUGGAAUCCGUUCCCAGACAACUGGUGGUGGUCGAAUCCUGGAGAGAAGACGCAAGAGCCCACGGCAGCAACCAGGGCAGGUGUGACCUCCAGUGGCAGUGAUUCAGAUGAUGAAGACUCUUCUGAGGAGGUUGUGCAUCCCACAAUGUUUCCAGGCUGGGGCAGGAGUGUGGCCAAGGAGGAGACUGCUCUGAGUACGACUCCAGGGCCUCAUCAUGACAGCCUGGAGAAAACCACCACCCAAGCUUGGUGGAAUCCGUUCCCAGACAACUGGUGGUGGUCGAAUCCUGGAGAGAAGACGCAAGAGCCCACGGCAGCAACCAGGGCAGGUGUGACCUCCAGUGGCAGUGAUUCAGAUGAUGAAGACUCUUCUGAGGAGGUUGUGCAUCCCACAAUGUUUCCAGGCUGGGGCAGGAGUGUGGCCAAGGAGGAGACUGCUCUGAGUACGACUCCAGGGCCUCAUCAUGACAGCCUGGAGAAAACCACCACCCAAGCUUGGUGGAAUCCGUUCCCAGACAACUGGUGGUGGUCGAAUCCUGGAGAGAAGACGCAAGAGCCCACGGCAGCAACCAGGGCAGGUGUGACCUCCAGUGGCAGUGAUUCAGAUGAUGAGGACUCUUCUGAGGAGGUUGUGCAUCCCACAAUGUUUCCAGGCUGGGGCAGGAGUGUGGCCAAGGAUGAGACUGCUCCGAGUAUGACUGUGGACUCUCAACACGAAACACUUCUGGAAAUCACCACACAAGACCAUUGGAACCCCACCUUUACAGAUGAAGAGGAGCAGUAUUCUAGCUCUGCUAGCAGGGCACUAGUUACAAGUGAAAAUGAAAAACAUCAAGGACCAACCCAACAUCCGCUAUUACACAGCCUUCAUUCUGGAGGGAUCAGUCAAGAACAAAAUCCUGCAAAUACCACUGGCAGUAUUGAACUUGAACAAGAAUUUCCUACUGCAGGUGAAAAUUAUUUUGGAAAGGAAACUUCUACAGCUGUGGUCCCCAGCCGUGGGGCCAAACAGAAUGACUCGGAGCGAGAGCCACCGGUGUAUCCAGGCUGGGAGCAGGGACAGGAUUAUGCCACAGAGCCUGCUGUAAUGGAUAGAGUUACUCCUUCCAGAGAGAGCAAUCAUGAAAGAGACUCUACCUCUACAGCAGCUGUUGCCUCUCCUGAUGGUGCUCACCACAAAGAGCCAACUCAAUCACUUCUGCCUUGGGAUCAUGAAUCAGAAAUGAGCACUGAAGGCAGCAUGAAUCCCACGGAUGCCCCUGGGGAUGAAGUUCUCCACAGGACCACAGCCUCUGUGAUCAAAGCUGUGACAGCCUCCACUGACAUUCUGGCACCAGAAGAUAUAACCCAGGAAGCAUGGGCACCUCACCUUGUGGUAACAUCUGCUUCCUCUCCUGAGGGUGCCCACCACAAAGAGCCAACUCAAGCACCUCUGCCUUCAGAUGAUGCACCAGGACAGGGCACUGAGGGCAUCACAAAUCCCACGGAUACGCCCAGAGAUGAAGUCCUCCACAGGACCACAGCCAGUGUGACCAAAGCUGUCACAGAGUCCGUGGAUGAUGCUGACCAAGAGAAAGCAACCAAGGAGCCACUGGCACCUGGCACUGCACCUGGAAGGGAAGGUGAACCAGCAAACACCACAGAUGGUUUCCAUGUCCAUGGGAUACCUGGAGUUUUUUCAGACAUUGAGGACCGUUUUAUUCCCUUGCAGACUCCUCUUACUACCAGCUCUACCUCUAGUGUAUAUGGAAACCAAGGACCACACAAGGGACAUGAGGAAUCCACGACUUCCCCUGGAGAGACGGCCACAACAAAAAUAGACUCACAGCCAAGGUCGGCCCGUGUACCAGACUGGCUGAUCAUUGUGGCUGCUCUCGUGGUGCUGGCAUUGAUCCUGGCCGUGUGCAUUGCUGUCAACAGCCGCAGAAGAUGUGGGCAGAAGAAAAAGCUAGUGAUUAACAAUGGCAAAGGGGCAGUGGAGGACAGGAAGACAAGUGAAUUGAAUGGAGAUAUCAGCAAAUCACAAGAAAUGGUGCACUUGGUGCAUAAAGAACAGUCAAAUGACCGAACACAAGCAUGUGAUGAAUUCCUGACUGUCAAUGAAACACAAAAUCAUCACGAGUUUGACAUGAAGACUGGAGUGUAAUGGUACAACACUGCCAAGCAGAGCAGGGCUGGGGAAACCAAAAUCAUGUGGAACUUGAACAGGAAUUCACAGAUGCACUGUGCUACUGAUGUCUUUUGAACAUAAGCAUAAGUUCUAUUUCUUUUUAAUCACUUUGCAACGAUGUCUGAGUUUAAAAAUUGACAGAUGCUUUUUGAAUCACACCCCAAGAUUCGAGUAAUGCUUUCAGUUCCCAGUCCCUUCACAGAGGACUCUCACUGUGUCCUGGAUGUUAGGAGGCAUACAAGUUUACAUCAUUAUUCCCCAGAUGGAAGGUCUUCACUGUGUGAAGAUAAAGAAGUAUCCAGUCACUCCAUCUUACAGAUAUUUAAAGUAUUAAACAUGCCAUGGUGGAGAAAUAAGUGAGAAAAGAUGUCAAGAGUAAAAAAAAUCAAGUUUAAACCCAAAAGGCAUCUUCUACAAUGUCUGCAACAGCAGAAUCCUUCAGAAAUGCCUUCCAGCCAGGAAUAGCUGGGGGUACAUUCAAAAUCUGCCAGUAUAAACAAAAAGUGACAUUUUAUAAUUAUGUGUGGCUUGGUCUGCAACAAAGGAAACCCAGAAGGACAAAAUUUAUUCAUCUGUAUUAUUAAAUAUCUAUGGACAUACAGCAAGUCUUCUCAGGAGGGGUAAUAAAGGCAUGAAAACAUGAGCUGAAACAUAAUAAACUUCUGUUCUUUAUUUUCCUAGCAACCUGUACAAUUAUCCUUCAGUUUUUGAGGUGUUCAUUGCUCUUUUCCCCACCUCAUUCAUUGGUCCAAGUUUGUGCAUGUUUCUAAUGAGCCUGUUAGUUAGGAUAAUGAAUAAAACAAAAUGACCCCAGCUCUAGCAUAUAUGCACAAAUCAAGCAAUUGAGAUCACUAGGGAAGCUGACAGUAUUUUAUUCCUGAAAAUAGGUCUCCAUUUUGUGCUCCAUUUUACUAAGGAGAUGCUGAGCCUAUUGAAUUUUUUCCCCCAUAACUAUUAUAUUAUCCAAGAUUACUGAUAUUUUAAAAGCUGCUUUUCUAUGAUCUCACUCAUUUCCUCUGAAUUCUAUUUAAUCUACAUUUUUUUCCAUCAGCUUUUUAAAAACACCAAAAAGAAACAUUGCUGGCUUUUUGGUACCAGAAGUUCAAUUUCUACAGGAAAGAUCAAAGCAAAGGAAAGGAAACUCUUCCCAGCCAUGUAAUAUAGUAGAGUAGUUGAGCUGCAUUGUUACAUGCUUUUGUUAUGUCCUUUUGUGUCUGAUAUGUAAAGUAUUUGUAUGAAGCUAUGAUGCUGUGCAUUAUAUUGAUAUGAAUUGUCAGGAAAACAAUUAUUUACUGCCAGUGGUCUGUGCCAUUUUUAUGAAAGCUUAUUGGAAUGGAGGGAGAAUUGUAACUUCUAAUUGGACUCCCCCCAGGAAAUGCAGGGAAAAAUGUUGGUCUGUGUCAGCUGUGGGAGGUGGAUGCUCUGUGGCAGGGCUGUUCAGGAGUUCUGGUCACUGACCAUAGCCCCUCUCUCUGAAACUGCUCUGCUAAAAUAUGUUAUAUUAUGUUCUCCAUCUGAAGCAGUUUGGAGGAUCAAUAUUCAGCUGGCUAAAUACUGACUUUAGCCAGCACUGAUCUUUACUGGAACAUAAAGCACAAGACUGUUGAUUUUAUUUCUGAGUCACAGCCCUCCAGCAGUUUCCCAUGUGCUUCAUGGAAAUGCUCAAGUGCCCUGGUAUCUGCUGGCAGAUCUGCUCAGGGCAAUUUACACCUGGGCAAAAAGUCCCAAGACAAGGUGAUGUUUUAAAAUACACACAGGAUGUUCUCUGACUUAAUGCAGGUCAGAUAUUUCAUUUGUGAACAGUGCAUUGAUUUUUGUUUAAUGUUUUUAAGGACACUUUUCUAUUUCUCAUGAGAAAUCAAAAUGAUCUGCUGAAGGCUCUGUUGAAACUGGUGUUAGGUACUCAUUCCACUAAGUAUGGAGAUCCAGAGUUAGAAUUAAAAAUCUUUAAAUCCUAACUGAAUAUAGGUCUCAGUGUGAAGGAUGUAUUUCACUGUCUUGGAGGCUAAACUUCUCUUUAAAAAAACCAAAAAAGUCUGUGGCACGUUAUUAAUCUCCCUGUUCAGCUAUUGAAUGAAGAAAUCCACAAACUUCUUCAUAAUUUAUCUUACAGUCAGUGGAUAUAAAAGCACAGGCAACACUGGUUGGGUUCUUUGUAUAUUUUUAAAUGAGAGAUGCUCAAGAGGCAAUGCCAUUAUUUUAUAUAUGCUGAUUCUUUUUAGAUUAUGUCCUGUGACUUAUGUGUAAUUGUUUCAUUUUAGUUUUGAAACUAGACUGCCAUUUCAUAUGUAUAAUACAGUACAUAUUUUUAUUAAUCUUGCUUUUGUUAUGAGGGGUUGUUUGUUGUGUGUAUGUAUUUUUAUAUAGAGCACUUGAUAUAUUUGCAUAUUUAUUUAACAGAUUAAUCAGAAUUAAAGAAAAUGCCAUCUCUAAAUUGCAACUAGAAAUAGUCUUGCUAAAAACACAUUGGACUUUAAAAUCAGCUUCCAAAAUAAACCUGAUUCCACACUGAGGAUGAGAUGUAAGUCCAGCUGCUAGUGGGAGAGAAGUCUUCAGCUGGAUAGUCAUGUUGAGUGCUGUGAUCAUUUUUUCUGCUUGCAAAUCCCAAGCCAGGCUGAGGUGAAUGCUGUGUGACCUGCUCUGCUCUGCUGGCCUCCCACGGGCUCCACAGGGGCUCUGGCAGGGAGUGAUGAGCUCAGCUUUACCCCAGAUGCAGACAGCAGCUACAGCAGCUUGGUUCCAUUUCAGAUCAACCCAGUAAGGUCUUGAGGACCAUUCCUGGCUCACAGAACCACCAUGUGAAAAGUGCAGCACCCAGCAAGGUCCAGCCCUUCCUCUGGGUGCUGGCAGACAAAUCAGCUGUGACUGACAACUCUCACUGCAUCUUGGUCUGUCCUUGCUUGGUGCCUAAGAAGAAUGAGGAUCUCUCCUAAAAAUGCUAAGGAGCCUGUGAUCAGCUUCUGUUAAUUCUUUUGUCUUGAAAAGUUUCAAAUAAAUGUGAUCCAGACCAGUGGAGAUUCUGUCUAAAGCAGCGAGCAUAUUUAAGAGAGUCUCUGUAUGUUUUAUGGGAAUGUAAUAUUUUCAUGAAGCAAUGCAGGCUGAUUGUUUCAUCUGUAUUUCCUUGAAGCUCUGAAAAGGAAUAUUUGAUUAAAGCAGAGAAAGGA